ACUCCAGAGGGUGCCCGGGGUAGGCGCAGUCCAGCCAGUCCAGCGUCCGUAACUCCUCCUCGCGCCGCGCUCUGACCUACGUCGCCCGCGUGUACCGUUUUGCUGAGUCCACCGGCUGGCGUUUCGUGUUCCUUUCAGUUCUCGUCCGGACGCGACUGCCGGCGUCUCGGCUACUGCGGGGUUGCCUAGCGACGCUGGGGCGAGCGACAUGGCCGUCUGGGAGCACUGCGAGCGAGCGCUGAACGCGUGACGGGGCGGCGCUGGCAGCGAUGGCGGAGGCGGUGUCGGCGGCGCGCACGGUGCGCCUGCGGCGUCGCGGACAACCGCCGUCGUUCGGCUUCUGGCUGCGCGGCGGCAGGGAGCACGGCACGGGCUUCUUCGUGUCGGCCGUCGAGCCUCGCUCCGACGCUCAGCGCCGAGGGCUCAGGGUUGGUGAUCAAAUUGUCCGUAUUAAUGGCUUCCCUGUUGAUGAUGCUGUACAUCAAGAGGUCCUGCACUUCAUACAGCUGCAGAAUCAGCUGAGUCUGAAAGUAAGAACAAUGGGAAUGCUUCCAGUGAAAGAAAAAAAAACUGACCCUGUCACAUGGUGUGUUGUAGAGAAAAACAACAAUAAAAAUAUUAGUUCAUCCAUAGACGAAAUGAGAAUAUUUCCAGCUGCAAACUCAUUUACUUCUGAUGACUGUGUCAGAGAGGUGAAGAUAUCAAUUACAGCCACACCAAAGAGCAAAUUAGGAUGUGGGAUUUGUAAAGGACCUGACUGGCACACGGGUGUCUUUGUACAGUUCACUAAAGAAAAUGGUUUGGCAAGAGAAGCAGGUCUCAGACCAGGAGAUCAGAUAAUAGAAUGCAAUGGAGUGAAAUUUGAUGAUAUUUCUUUCAGUGAGGCAGUGAGUAUACUGAAAGGAUCCAGGAAUCUAGAGCUUCUUGUCCGCAAGGGAGCUGGUCUUGACUUAUUUCCUGGAGAAUCGUCAGGAUACAAUAGUUCAGCAAGCAGUGUAGCAGGGGAUCAGAGUCCAAACUGGGAAGAAACAAAACGAUUAUCAAUUGUGAAAGAAGAAUCUACUGAAUUUGAUGAAAGGUUCUGCCAUUUGCAGAACAGCCAGAGUGCAGGAUUAAAAGCAAACAAAGACUGGAAACAAAUUGAAUAUGAAUGGGAACAGGCUGAAAAGGAAGAAGAAGAAAUGAAGAAACAUUCCCAAAGAAUUCUCAACCGAGUAAAUGAGUGCUCCAUCACAGGUUCACGCACAGUGAUACAUCUCGGCGAGAAUGGCAUUACCACAUGCAUUGAGAAAAUAGCUCAGAAUGGAACUGAGCUUACAUCAAAGAGAUGUGCUGGGAGAGAAUUGCAUCAGCAGCAGCAUCAGGAUGUAACAACAGUCAUUGUUGAAGUCCAUCAAAGUGAAACACCUGAUGAAGAUACAGAGCAAGUGCCCAUAUGCCCACCACCACCUGCCCCACCAGUAGCACCACUGUUGCUAAGUGACACGAUCAGGUGUCAGCCGCUUUUAAAGAAGAGCACUUCGAGUAGCUCAUGUGCCAGUCUGAGUAGUAAUAUGAGUGCCACCAGCCUGUCUAGUGCUAUUAGUGAAGAACUACAGCGGCGAUUACAGCAAAGGAAAGUGGAAGAUUUUUGCUCCCAAGAACUCAAAAGAAACAAUAAACCAUCAAUCAGUAUCGAAAAGCGACAACAACAUGAACAGCUUAUGGAGGAAUUCAAACUAGUACAUCAGAAGAUGUUUGCAGGCUCUACACAGGGUGUCAAUGAUACAGAUAGCAGUGAUUCUAAAAAAGAAACAUACAGUAAGGGAUACACUGUUGAGGAACGCUAUGCACAAAAGUCUCAGAAGCCAGAAAACAAAGAUGAGCACCACUCACAAAAGACUGAUCAUCCUUUUUUAAAAAAGAAGAAUCUCAUAAGUGAAAAAGAGCAAGUGGAUCACAGUCUAAGACACAAGGUGCAAACUGAUGGAAAUAACAGCAAAUCUCAGAUAAGUAAAGGAAGUAAUGGCUAUGAACAAGAUUCUUCUACAUCAUCUUCAUUUUCUGUUAAAUCAUCCCCCACAAGUACACCACCAUCCUGUCCCACACCUGAUUAUGACAAUAUGAGUACAACAUCUUCUGUGUCUCCUAGAAAAUUGACAAACUCAGCACAUGGACAAGUUUUAGUAAAAGAAUUAAGUAAAAAAUUAUCAACAUCAGUAAGUUCUUCAGCAUCACACAAAACUGUAGAGAUUAUAAAUAGAACAGAUACAAAAAGAACAAACAGUGAGAUGAGAGUUUCCAAUAAACUUCCUGAUAAGUCAGCAGAAAGUGUGGAAAUGGAAUCACUUGAAUCCUUUAAACUGACAAAUCCCCGUGGUCCACCUCCAAAACCGCCACAGACGUAUUUCAACACAACAAAAGAAAGGCCAUCUACAAUGGAUUCCUCUAGUUCCUCAUCAUCUGAUGGGUCAACAUCGAGUAAAUCCCAAGCAUCUAUUAAAAAGCACCGUCCAGUCUCUGUAAUAAUUGGUGAAUAUCCUUCUGGAAAAGAAAAAAGGCAACCAUCUAAGUUUGAUUUUCUUGAUAAUGCAGUUUCAAAUGGUACACAAAAUUGUCCAGUUGAGAACAAGAUGCCGGUAUCAUCUCUUCUGCACUCAGAACUAUCUCAGACACUUUCAAGAUCAAAUCUUAGAAGAAGAACAGAAGAAAAUGGAAUUAUUGUAAAUGGUGGGAGUACAGUAGAAAAGCAAGAGGGAAGCAAAGUGAAAAUCUCAGUGAACUCGGACACAUUGUGCAAUAAUUUCAGUUCAUCACCAUCGUUUAACAAAGGAUCUGAUGCAAACACACGGCAAAUAGCUAACAGUGUUUCAAAAGCAAGUACUCUCAGUAAAGUACCUUUAUUCAAUGGAACUCUGAAAAGCAAUGUGAAACCUUCAAUUCAACGGGUUGCGGAAAAGCUUGGAAGCAAACUUGAAAAUAAUUCUGUUACCGUUGUAAUAGCUAAUGAAAAAGGCAACAAAGACAUUUGUGCAGUGAAAUCUGAUACAAAUCAAAGUUAAAAAACUACUAAUACAUAUAUGGUGCAAAUAGUUCAUGUUUUAUUUGCAUGAUACUAAAACUGCCUGUAGAUUAACUCCACUUCUGUUAUUUGAGUGAUUUGUGUAGCCAGUAUCAUUCAUAUUUAUUUGAAGGCAUGCAUAUCUUAUUAUUACAGGACAAAUAAUUUACCUAUAAUCUAUAGUUUACUGAUGCAGUUUUACAAAUAUAUCAAUAAUCUGUCAUUACCAUUUAUACAACAUACAUGAACUGAUAGACAAACCAACACUUUUCUAGUCACAU